AUGGUUUUCCCUUGGUUUGCCCUCUUUCUCUGCUCCGUUAUUGCAGUUGAAAGGGUAUUAAUUACAGCGACCAACACAACUAAGCCCGGUUGCCAGACAAAAUGCGGCAACAUAAGCGUGCCAUACCCUUUCGGAAUUGGCUCCGAAUGCUCAAUUGAACACUCGUAUAGUCUCAUAUGUAACACCUCCUACAAUCCUCCAAAAUUGUUUUUUUCCAAUGCUAUGCGGAUUCAAAGCAGCAUAUUAAACAUAACGGAGACAAAACUUCUAAUCACAAAUACUUAUUUUGUAUCUGCGUGCUUUGAGUCUCAACCAAAUAAUGUAAAAACAUCAAUCUCUGGUGAUUCCCUGAUUACAUUUGAUGAUAUUGAUCCAUUUUUUUAUUCAUACUCAAACAAAUUUACAGUCGUGGGCUGUGAUAUUUAUGGAAUGCUUGAUUAUAAUGAUGAUUUUGACAAAAAAUUAAGCACUUGCUUAGCCGUUUGCUCUGGCGCAACUGCUAUCACAUAUGACGACCCUAAUCAUGUACCUAACGGUUACUGCCAAGCGAACUGA